CGUAACUGUGGUGUUUGUUUGAUAUUUGUGUCGUGUUUCAGGCGAAUCCACAUCUCCAAAGCUGCUCUGGAUUGUCUGAACGGCGACUACGAGGUGGAGGAGGGUCACGGCAAGGACCGCAACGACUUCCUGCGGCGCCACAACAUCGAGACGUACCUGAUCAAGCAGCCGGAGGAGAGCCUGCUGACGCUGCCGGAGGACAUCAUGAAGGAGGCGGCGAGCUCGGCUGACCGCCGGGCCAGCAGCGCCACCUUCAACGAGGCGUCCUGGAGCCCCGAGCUGCCCUUCGACAACAUCGUGGGAAACCAAAACACUCUGGCUGCCCUAACGAGAAAUUCGAUAAAUCUGCUUCCAAACCAUCUUGCACAAGCUUUGCAUGUCCACUCUGGUCCUGAGGAAAUUAACAAGCGAAUAGAGAGUGCCAUCGACUUACGGAGUGGCGAUAAGUUGAGAAGAGAGCAUAUCAAGCCUUUCUCACUGAUGUUUAAAGACUCCAGCCUGGAAGAGAAGUACUCACAGAUGAGGGACGAGGUUUUCAAGUCCAACCUGGUCUGCGCCUUCAUCGUGCUCAUCUUCAUCACAGCUAUUCAAAGCCUGCUUCCCUCUGCCAGAAUGGUGACGAUGGUGAUCCAGUUCUCCGUCCUCAUCGUUCUCCACUCCUGCCUGGUUCUGGUCACGACGGCGGAGGACUACAAGUGUCUGCCUCUGGUUCUGAGGAAGGCUUGCUGCUGGAUCAACGAGACGUACGCAGCGCGAAACGUCAUCGUCUUCGUCUCCAUCCUGAUCAACUUCCUCGCUGCGAUGAUCAACAUCCUGUGGUGCGACUUCGACAAGUCCAACACCUUCAGGAACCAGACGUACCACGAGUCUGCCUCCAUCCCGGACAUCUGCUUCUACCCAGAGUACUUCGUGUUCACGGGCGUCCUGGCCAUGGUCACCUGCGCCGUGUUCCUGCGGCUCAACUCGGUGCUGAAGCUGGCCGUGCUGCUGCUGAUGAUCGCCAUCUACUCCCUGCUGACCGAGGCCUUCUACACCUCGCUGUUUGUGCGCUACGACACGGUGCACCACAACACGGAAAACUUCCUGGGAACCAAAGAGACGUCUCUGCUGCUGAUGGCCAUGUUCCUCCUCGCCGUGUUUUACCACGGCCAGCAGCUGGAGUACACGGCCCGGCUGGACUUCCUGUGGCGCGUCCAGGCCAAGGAGGAGAUCAACGAGAUGAAGGAGCUGCGGGAACACAACGAGAACAUGCUGAGGAACAUCCUGCCCAGCCACGUGGCGCGCCACUUCCUGGAGAAGGACCGCGACAACGAGGAGCUGUACUCCCAGUCCUACGACUCGGUGGGCGUGAUGUUCGCCUCCAUCCCCGGCUUCGCCGACUUUUACUCCCAGACUGAGAUGAACAACCAGGGAGUCGAGUGUCUGCGGCUGCUCAACGAAAUCAUCGCUGACUUCGACGAGCUGCUGGGUGAAGACCGUUUCCAGGACAUCGAGAAGAUCAAGACGAUCGGCAGCACCUACAUGGCCGUCUCUGGUCUGUCGCCUGAGAAACAGCAAUGUGAAGAUAAAUGGGGUCACCUGUGUGCGCUGGCCGACUUCGCCAUCGCCCUGAACGAGAGCAUCCAGGAGAUCAACAAGCACUCGUUCAACAACUUCGAGCUGCGGAUCGGAAUGGCUCACGGCUCGGUGGUGGCGGGUGUGAUCGGCGCCAAGAAACCGCAGUACGACAUCUGGGGGAAGACGGUGAACCUGGCCAGCCGGAUGGACAGCACCGGCGUGAGCGGCAAGAUCCAGGUUCCCGAGGAAACCUUCCUCAUCCUGAAGGAGCGAGGCUUCGCCUUCGAGUACCGCGGCGAGAUCUACGUCAAGGGCAUCAGCGAGCAAGAGGGCAAAAUCCGAACUCACUUCCUGCUGGGCCGGGUGCAGCCCAACCCGCUCAUCCUGCAGCCGCGCAAAAUCACGGGCCAGUACUCUCUGGCGGCCGUGGUGCUGGGCCUGGUGCAGUCGCUCAACCGGCAGAAGCAGAAGCAGAUUCUCAACGAGAACAACAACUCGGGCAUCAUGAAAGGCCACCACCACUACAACCGCAGGACGUUGUUGGCGCCCGGCGGGGCCGAGGUGGGCGGCGGCCAUCAUGCCGAAGCUCCGGAUAAGACGGAUCUGUCCUGAGGCGCCCGGCAGAGUUUUGGCUCCACGCUGAUUCCUUACAGGCAGAACUGCUCCGAAGGCACAAACCCCGUCUGUGGUUGAGCUAAACCUUGGUGGGCGAAGCGUCCGACCAUCGGUCUGAAACUCUGACCGAUACUUGGAAACAAUAAGGCGCUAAUUGUACAUUAAACUUUGGCUGAUUUAGGGCUUUUCAGGGUCAUGGGGAGAAAAAACGUUUCCAUCAGAGUCAAAUGGAUUUGAUCAGGUGGUGCUGAUCAAAUCCAUUCAUUUAAUGAUCAUCAGGAGCAGAAAUGCAUCUAGAAAAACAACAACUGGCAGUUUGUUGAUCUGGAGCUGUGAGUUAAUGUUAUGCCAGGUUGUUGAUGCCCGUCAGUCUGGGAAGAGUUGUGAAGUCUGAACUCUGAGUCUAUCGUUCUUCAGAGCAGUCAGAGGGUAAAGCAGCAACAUAUAACAGGUUUGAUCGUACAGUUCAUCCAGCAGCAGACAACAUUCAGACGUCAGACGGGAAAUUUCAGAAAACGUGAGUUCAGAGUAAACAAACAUAGAUUAUGGAUCAUAUUUAGCAGAGAAUAAUAAAACCUCUCUGUCGUCCUCCGGACGUUUUGGUGCGUCAUGGCAGGUAUUUUAUCUUCUGUGUUUCUGACCUGCCACAUUCAGCAGGCUGUGAACUCGUUUGACCUCUGGGAACGAUAUCGGGCCCUGACGCGCCAACGUGUUGAAUAUCACCGACUUUAGAUCAGAGCGAACCAGAUCACUCUGAACACACGGCAGGAUUAUCGCUUACAUAAGAAAAACUUCUGAAGGGGAAAUUAUGAUAAACAUUCGGUGAACUAAGUAUGAGUUAGUUAGUUCUAACUCAGACAAAAGUCUAAAAAUAUUUAGACUUUUGUCCUAAAGUGGCAACAUUUGGUAAAGCACAUCAUCAUUUCACCACAAUCGCCUCAUACCUACCGUCCAGCAGGUGGAGCUGCUGAUGACUGGGACCUGGUGGCCUGGUCAGCCAUUAAAUGAACUUUGACCUCCUCUAUGUACCAAUGUAUCAGUAGAAUUAAACGUGAGGUCGGUUUGACCCAAACCGGGUCAUCAACAGGGAAAUGAUCCGAACCCGCCCGACUAUUCACAGCAGGAUCGCUAAAAAAGAAAAGACUCGAUGUGUCGUAACGGCCUAGUCAAAGUCCACAACCUUACAAGACAAAUGUGUGCAUGAGCUGCAGCUAUUGGAGCCAGACAGUUAAAGUCCUCUGAAGGUUUUCGCUGCUGAAAUCGGUUCUGAAUCAGAGCUUUACUUGGUUUUUGUUACAAUAAACUGUUUGAAACUUUUUUCUCCUCAUGACUUUAUUUAAUGUUUUCAGUAAAAAUGAAUGUAAACUCAUGUUUAGUUCUGGUUUAUUAAAGUAUUUCUGAUACAAAGGGCGGUUUGGACAUCCAGGAGAAGAGACUUUUAUUUUGAAGUUUUUAUCAUGAAUGUCUGAAACUGAACGUUCCUCCGGUGUUCACGUUCUCUACAAGCUCCGCCCACUUCGGUUUAAUCCAGCCAAUGAGGUUUGAUCUUCGUCCUGAGCGGCUCUGCUUUCUGUGAAUGUUUGUAGAACUGAAACUCAACUUUAGAGGAGGAGAUGGUGACUGGGAGGACUGGGAGGACUGGACGUCCUCCAGACUGAUUAUCCGGGACUUUCCCCAACGUUCCUGCUGUCCGUUCCCAUUUUUAUCUCACCUGCGUCGGACCCGUUCACACCUGACCCCUGCCCUUUGACCUUUGCCCGGUGUCGAUGUUUCUUUUUUGUAUUUCUUUUAUAUAUGGAACACAAUAAAAAGGGGUCUAAUUUUUUAUAGAA